UUACUUCAUAUCCAACAGUAGUAUUUGAUCAUUUCCCCCUCAAAACAGAAUACUUAUAGAAAAAAAAAAUUAGGGUUUUUUUGUUUGUUUCGGAGAUCAGUUUAAAAGAAGAUGAAGAAGAGGCAAGUGGUGGUAAAACAGAGAAAAGGCUCUUACACUACGACUUCUUCUUCGAGCAACGUCCGUUACGUCGAGUGCCAGAAGAAUCACGCCGCUAAUAUCGGCGGCUACGCCGUUGAUGGUUGCCGUGAGUUUAUGGCAAGCGGCGGCGAAGGAACUGAUGAUGCUUUGACGUGCGCUGCUUGUGGCUGUCACCGGAGUUUUCAUCGGAGGGAGGUUGAGACGGAGGUUGUUUGUGAGUAUUCUCCUCCAAAUUGAAUCAACUAAUUAACAAAGAUGGGAAAAGAAAAGGAAGAAAAGCCAACAAAGGUAUUGGUGAUGUA